AUGUCUGGUUCUUUUUGGAAAUUUGGUCAAGAUUAUUCUAUUGAAUCCUCUGUAACUAAAUUGUUAAAUAGAGCAUUUAUUAAGAUUAAUAAUAAUAAUACAGAUACUAUAAAUAAUUCAAUCGAUAAAGAUAAUGAUGAAAUUAUCGAUUCAAUAGUUAAUAUUACUACUACUACUAUAACUAAUAGUUCAACUGAAUCUGGUAGUCCUAUUGAUGAACCAGAUGUUUCAAUAAACAACAACGAUGAUGAUAAUAACAAUACGAAUAAUAAUAACGACAAAGAUGAUGAUGAUGAUGAGGAGGAUACUGAUACCAACAACAAGGACACUACUAAUACACUUGAUAAAUUACCCAGUAAUGAAGAAGAUUAUAGGGAUUAUAGACCCGAUUUAAAUGUUUUGGAUGAUUUAUUAGACGAUGAAGAAUUAUAUACGGAAUUGAUGUGUUCCAAUUUUAAAUUGUUAAUAUAUUUAAAAUAUCCUGAAGUAUUACAACGAUUAAUUGAUUUUGUUACUAAUGAAAAGAUUCUAACAGAUGAUUUCGAGGAAACAAAGGUAGCGAAUAAUGAUCUUUUAUCUGAUUCAGAAAAUCAAAAUAAUAUAGGUGAUUUGAAUAGCGAUGUAAUUAUCGUGGAACCUACUAAGGACAAUGAAUCUGGUGAAACAAUUAUAAAAAAUAAAAUAUCAGAAGGUUAUGAAGAAAUAGAUACAAAUUUAAAAGAUGAAAGUGAUGCAAGUUCAAUGAUUUCAGAAGAGACUAGUGUCACAGUUCCACCGGAGAGCGAAGAACAAUUAGAAUCAAGAAGAGCUAGAAUGGCUGCUGAGAUCCUAUCGGCAGAUAUUUGGCCUAUCGCAUCCACAAUCAUGGAAAAUACAGAUCUUUUGGAACAAUUGUGGUCAAUUAUGGAUCAUAAGCCACCUUUAUCAGUAGCGGCAUCCACAUAUUUCAUGAAAAUCAAUGAAAGAUUAUUAGAUAUGGAUGUUAAUGGUAUGUUAACUUUUAUAUUGUCUCAGAAAUCCUGCGCAGAAAGAUUUCUUAAUCACAUUGAAAAUCCCUCAUUAAUGGAUUUUUUAUUGAAAGUCAUCUCAACAGACAAACAAGAUUCUCCAACAGGAAUUAUUAAUUGUUUAAAAGAACAAGAUUUGAUUCCAAGUUUGAUUGAAAGAUUGGAUCUAGAUAAAUACAACACAUCUGUACAAAGUGCAGCUGGAGAUUUUUUAAAAGCAUUUGUCACCCUAAGUGCUAAUUCAAAUAAUGAAAUCGCUUUGGGUAUUGGCCCAAAUGAAUUGACCAGACAGUUAGUCUCUACCGAAAUAAUUGAGAAAUUGAUUAACAUCAUGUUAAAAGGUAGUACAUCUUUAAGUAACGGUGUUGGUAUCAUCAUUGAAAUGAUUAGAAAAAAUAAUUCCGAUUAUGACUUUAUUCAAGUGAUGUAUACUACAAUAAAGACACAUCCACCAAACGACAGAGAUCCCGUGCAUUUGAUUGCAUUGGUCAAAACUUUUGCAAAUCAUAUGGGUGAUUUUGCUAAAUUAUUAAUGCAUGGAGGCUUACCGAUGUUAGAAACUCCAAUAGGCGAAAUAGAGCCUCUGGGAUUUGAAAGAUUUAAGAUAUGUGAACUAGUUGCUGAAUUGUUGCAUUGUUCAAAUAUGGCAUUAUUGAAUGAACCUGACGGCGAAAAAAUUACCUCUGAAAGAGAUUAUAUUAGACAAGAAUAUCUGAAGGAGGAAGAAACAGCUUAUGAAGACACUAUUGAAAAGAUGAGCGAUUCCCUAGAAAAUGAAUAUAUUUCUGACAAAUUAGAAGCAUUGAAAUUAAAUGGCUCAGAAACUGAUCGUACUACAAAUGAAAAUGACAUUGAUGAUGAAUCACUUAAUGAACCUGUAAAUAACGAAGAAUUGAUAGCCACAGAUGAAAACGAUAAUGAAGUAUACCCAGAUGAUGAAAUUGAUAAUUCUAAGAGCGCUGAAAAAGCUCUUCGUGAAAAAAACCUCUCUGGUGAUCAAUUGAAAUUUGCAUUGCAUGAUACAGGCAUAAUUACCAAUAUUAUGGAUAUGUUUUUCCAAUUUGAAUGGAAUAAUUUUUUGCAUAACGUUGUAUUUGAUAUUGUUCAACAAAUAUUUAAUGGUCCUUUGAAAUCAGGGUAUAAUAAAUUUUUAUUGUCAGGGUUAUUGGUUAAUAUUAAAAUAACAGACAAAAUAAUCAAAGGGGAUGAAAUAUGUAAAGAAAAUGAAACAAGAACUGGGAUUCGACUAGGUUACAUGGGUCAUUUAACAUUGAUAGCCGAAGAGGUUGCUAAGUUUGUAGAGUACGUCGAAGAAUUGAAACUAACAUUUAACGAUAACGGAGUUGAGACAGCACUUAGUGACGAAGCCUGGGUUACAUUCAUGGAUACAACAUUAAGAGACGUUAGGGAAAAAUACAAUACAGUACUUGGCGAUUUCGUUCUAGAAGAUGUUGAUGCAGAAGAUUAUGAAGAUCAUUUGAUAGACGCCAACGAUCCAGACUUACAAAUGGAAGAAAAUAAUGCAUUGUUGGACAAAUUAACUGAACAAAAUAUAGAUAUAGAUCCCCUUGACGAGUUACAUGAUCAAAUAGAGUCAACUCACGAUUCUUUUGACCAAAAUGACAACCUUGUGCAUAAAGAAAAUGAAGAUUAUAUCGAAACAAACGAAGAGCCUAACACAGAAUCAUUUUAUAAAUACAGUCAUGAUCUCGAAGAAGAUACAAUAAGACAUGAUACACAAGAAGACGAAGAUUCUAGAGCAAGCGGUACAAUAUAUGAAUAUAUUGACCCAUCUGGGCAUAAGACAACUUUAAAUUUGGAUUCGUUCCACUCGGACUCGGACUCGGACAAUGAUUCAGGUACGAAUUCUAACUAUGAAGAUGCAUUGAAAUAUGUAUAUACUAACCAAUUUAGAUUGAGUGAUAAUGAUAAAGCUCACGAGCAAUUUAGCAACACUUUACAGAAUGAUUUUAUCGAUUAUUCACCACCAAAUGGGGAAGAUGACGACGACGAUUAUAUGGAUCCAAACGAUGACGGACAAUCUUACGUCAAACCUAAUAACCCUCUAUUCAACAAUUUAAAUACACUUUCGUCCAAUAUUACAUUAAAUGAAGAUGAAAUGCAGUCUCGCAACUCAGAGUCUGGAUCCGAUAUAGAAAGUCCGGAAGAAUAUAGUUCUGAUGAAGAUGUACUGGAUUCAGAAGAAAUAGGCAUGGACAAUGAAGUCUCAUUAUACCGUACUCCAAGCAGAGAGGACUGA